UUGAAGUGACAACAUCAAAUACGCAACCAUUCAUAUUUUUUAUACAACGCAAUAAUUAACGGAUACCACUGAUAACAAAAAAAAAACACGAAAACAAAAAUUAUAAAAUUAUAAAAAUGCGUCCAUUCGGCAACGAUAUCACCAACAUUGCCAACAACAAUGGCAAUGGUAAUGGUGGUGGAAAUAAUAAUAACAACAGCAACAACAACAACAACAAUAAUAACAAUAACAAUUUGAAUGGAAUUGGUACUGGCAAUGAACACAAUGGCGGCGUUCACAUAACCGACGAUCCACGCGUGCCACCCCACAUUGCGCGCAUGGGCGGCAUAGUGACUUGCUCGCCGAUAGCCGGACGCGGUGUGAUACGCGUGGUGGGCCGCUGCGAAGAUGCCAAAGAGAACAAUAUGUUGGCCAACUAUUAAGCCACUAGUCAGUCG